UAAACAUUCAUCACAGUGUUAACAGUUAUAUUGUCAGUAAUGAGUUUCUCGGACAAGGUAGUUAUUGUUACCGGUGCUAGCUCCGGUAUCGGAGCAGCUACAGCGCUGUUAUUCAGCAAAGAAAAGGCCAACGUUGUAAUAGUAGGAAGAAAUGAAGCAAAACUGAAGGUAGUGACGGCGCAAUGCGAAGAAGUCGGUAACAAGCCGUUAGUGAUCAGAGCAGAUGUUUCCGAUGACGAUGAGGCAGCAAGAAUAAUAAAUGAGACCAUCGAAAAAUACGGAAAACUUGACGUCUUAGUCAACAACGCUGGAAUUAUGCGUUCAGGAACCCUUGUUGAUGGAAGAGCUGUUCAAAGUUUUGACGAAAUGGUAAAGACGAAUGUUCGAGCUGUAAUUAACCUAACGCAGCUUGCUACACCUCAUAUAAUUAAAACCAAGGGGAAUAUUAUUAACAUAUCGAGCGUAGCGGGUAUGAGAGUCUUAAGGGGAAACAUAUUCUUGGCUUAUGGCAUGACUAAAGCUGCUUUGAAUUAUUUCUCUGAAGCCUGCGCUAAGGAACUUGCAAGUUACGGUGUCCGAGUCAACGGCAUUUGUCCAGGACCUGUCGUUACGGACAUUCUAGAAAAUUCAAAAAUAAAAAUGGAGGAGCUAAAGGAUGCGAACAUGUCGACUAUUAGCAACAGGUCUUCCACUUCUGAAGAAAUUGGUAAUUUAAUUUUGUAUUUGGCGAGCGAUAAAGCUGUAGGAAUGACUGGAUCGAAUUAUGUUAUUGAUAACGGCCUCUUAGUUCUAAAUUAAUGUAUAUAUUUCUACCACAAUAGUACAUAUUUUUUAUUUAAUAUGCAUGCAAUAAAUGUAAGUACUGUAUCAUAAAUAAAGUUUUUAUAAAAU